AUGUUUGACGUUUUACAGCUUGUUCACUUUCAAACAAGAGAACAAACAGAACUUAAAACAGAAAAAGAAGGGAAACAGGAAAUAACAGGAAGUGUGUUACGUCAAAUUGAAUCUGUAAUUUGGCCAAGUUUAGCAGAGUACAUGCUGGAUUAAUAAAUUAUAAAAUUAAAAAGAUAAGGUGUCGGGUGUCCCCAUUUGUGUGAAUUUUAAAAAUGAAGUGUCAAGUGAAUAUGCACAAGAAAGUUAUGAAUUAAAAAUUAAUUUACAACUUAUUGACUGCAGUGCGAAAAUGCAACCAACCUGUUUAGAAAGGUGCUGGUUUCUAGCGAUUCCCGCAUAUUAUCUGAUGAAAAACAUCUACGAAAUACACUAACGAUCAAACUGUUCCCUUAAUUAAUAUAAUUUACUGAAAAAAAAAAAACAAAUUCCAAAAUGGAUCAUUCUGAAUUGAUUCAAGAAAUGCCACAUAUCGAGCAGCUUCCCACCCAGGAAAGACUGAAUCUUGCAAGAAAAAGGAGGGCGCAACAGCUCAAACAUUGGAUAAACAAAGAAAAAGAGUUCAAUCGAAAGCCGUCCAAGUUGCAAAAAUCUUCGAAACCAAAUAUCAAAUUCAAAGAUAGCGUUGUACUGUUAGAGGCUGCAGCUAGAAACGAUAUAGAAGAAGUAAAACAUUUACUAAGUAAAGGGGUAAGUCCCGAUUCGUGUAACGAAGAUGGUUUGACUGCCCUUCAUCAGUGUUGCAUAGACGACAAUGAGGCAAUGUUACAACUCCUGUUAGAAUAUGGGGCUAAUGUUAAUUCCGAAGACAGCGAAAAAUGGACUCCGUUACAUGCGGCAGCUACAUGCGGUCACCUGAGGCUGGUUAGGAUAUUGAUUGCAAGGGGAGCAAAUCUUUUGGCCGUGAAUGCCGAUGGUAACAUGCCCUAUGAUAUUUGCGAAGACGAACAAACGUUAGACUACAUCGAAAGCGAAAUGGCCAAAAGGGGGGUCACCCAACAAUUAAUAGACGACACCAGGGCGCUGACGGAGAAAAAUAUGCUCAACGACCUCAAAAGAAUUGUUGCCAAUGGUGGCGAUCUGGAGUUCCACGAUCAUCAGGGCGCAACACCGUUACACAUAGCCUCAGCAAAUGGUUACACGUCAGUUGUAGAAUACCUAUUAGAACAAAAUGUUCGGACAGAUGUCGUAGAUAGAGAUGACUGGCAGCCUGUACAUGCAGCUGCAUGUUGGGGUCACCUCGAUGUACUUGAACUUCUGGCGCAGGCAGGUGCUGAUUUGAACGCCAAAAACAAAAACGAUGAAACACCUGAAGAUAUUUGUGAAGAUCCAGAAUUGAAAGAACGAAUUCGACAACUAAAAACAGAACAAGAAAAUAAACGUCUACUGGAGAACCAGAAGAAAAGAGUUCGGCGGUCCCAGAGUAACACACGAGUGCAUUCCGUCAGGAGGACGUCUUUACGGGACAGGGGAAUGACAGCUAGAAGGGAUGCUGUUGAAGAAGCACGUUUACGAAUGGAAGCGGAACACAAUAGGAAUUUAGAACAAGAGGCUGCUAAAAAUGGACAAUCGCCUCCUAGUUCGACUGAUGGGACAAACACUAAUCCGUCAGAGGGUGACGGGACGGAAGAAUUGUCUAACAACACCACUGCACUUGCGCCAUCUGACAGACGAGCCCCCGAAGGCAAGGACAACGAUUCGCUGUUAGCCAGUGAAACUUAUGGAGAUGGAGACAAAAACGAAUCGGCAUAUACGACCGAUGUAAACGGUAAAGUGACCGUCCACGUGUUUGUUACGAUUAACGGUAAUGGUACCCUAGCAGACCUCAAGAAACAACGGAUGGAAAUAAGAAAGAAGAACGAUGUCAACUCUCUCACAGCGUCCGAUACCAACAGCGUCAUUCCGGAAGUAAACCUAGUACCCACACCUUCAACGGCCGACUUGACAAAAUUCACAGGGGGCACCGACGAAAUAGUCGAGCACAACAGAAGGUGCUGCGCAAUACAAUAGCGGAGUGUGAUUGGUGCAUCAAGACAUGCACACAUUGGUUUGUUAUUUAUGUAUUAGGCUUUUUUUGCUACUUAACUCUAACAUUUAAGAAUUUUUAAAGUAUUUUAUAAGCCAUUUCAGUCAUUAUUCGUGGUUCUAGUAUUUUUUUUUUUAUUUAUUUGUUACUGUAAAGAUAAAUUCCAAACCGUUUUCUCAAAUAGGUAAAUUUUCUAAAUUUAACUCAAGUGUAAGCGGUACGUGAUGAUUUUAUUAUCACCAUAUUUUAAAUAGUUCCAUUUUUAUGAUCGAAGCAAGAA